AGAGAGGCGGUUCCACUGUUAAACCGGCUAGACGGUGUGUGCACACGCACAGACAAGCGGCCAAAAGCAGCUAUUUUAUCGACCGUUAAAGCAAUAUCGACAGUUGUGUGAUUAAGCUCCUUAACAUCACAUUUAUCGACGUUGUUCAUGCUUUGACAUUGUGGUUUUGGACGAAAUAGGACCGCAACAGGAUCUCUACAGCACGGACUAGACUGUCAGUGCCAGUAGUUGUAAAGCCAAGAAUUGACAGGAACGUGGAUCUCGUCUCCGCUACACCGAUAGCAUCCAUUCAGCCCCUCUGACUGACUACAUAUUCUGCGUCCAGAAUCAUGUCGGAGUACAGCUCUCUGCUGAGUGACCUGGCAGAGAACAUCACUAAUGAGGACCUGGAGCAGCUGAAGUCAGCCUGCAAGGAGGACAUACCAGAAGAGCAGAGCAACUCCAUCACCUCCUCCAAAGAGUGGUUCAAUUACCUGGAAAAAAAUGACAAACUAGCCCCGGAUAACCUUUCCUACAUUGAGCACAUCUUUGAGAUCUCAAGGCGGCCUGAUCUUUUGACCCGGGUCAUUGAGUACCGUACAACAGUGCUCAAGAUCUCAGAAGAUGAUGAGAUUGACACCAAACUCACACGCAUCCCCUCUGCUAAAAAAUACAAGGAUAUCAUUCGCCAGCCAUCAGAAGAUGAGAUCAUCAAGCUGGCCCCUCCCCCUAAGAAAGUCUGAAGUCAAAGUUCAUGACCUUCAUCUUUCAUCCCUGGCACUCCACCUCAUCAAAUCAAAUUCAUUCCCUGUCACUAAACCCCAGCUUACCCCACUCAACACUACU